AUGGACGACGAGAUCAACUUGAAGCCAGAACAGCCGGCUCAGCAAACCUCUCCGCUUCAACGAUCUUUGGGAGGGACAGAACCCGGCGCCAGUGCCACGAGUUCGGCUUCGGCUUCAGCUUCAGCUCCAGCUCCGACGUCGACUUCGGCCAGAAGAAAGAACAAGAGCAGAGAUGGAGGCAAAGACAAAGACAAGGACAAGGACGGAGGCAGCGCAUCCUCCAAAAGACGCUGCGUAAGCACGGCAUGCGUAGCCUGUCGCAAGCGCAAAUCGAAAUGCGACGGAAACCUACCCAAAUGCGCCGCCUGCGCAUCCGUCUAUCUGACGGAAUGCGAAUACGCACCACACACCGACCACCGGCGCAAAGGCGUGUACAAGAAGGAAAUCGACAGUUCCAAGGCCAAGAACUCGACCCUGCAGAUCCUGAUCCAGGCCAUCCUCAACGCGGAAGAAGACGACGUGAUGGAUCUGGUACGUCAGAUCCGAACGUGCGACAGCCUCGAAGAGCUGGCGGGCAGUAUUACCGAGGCGCAGGCGCAGGCGAAAAGUCUGGAAGAAGAUGCGCCCGACUCGCCCGUCUACGGCGCAGACCAGUCGCUGGCGGCGGUUCCGAAGUUCGAGGCCGAGCUUUCCGGCAAGAUGGGCGACCUGAUGCUAGACGGGUCGGUCAAGUUCAUUGGGGGAACGUCGAAUCUCAUCUGGUUCCCCGAGGAAUAUGAACAGCAGAGGAACCCGGCGGCUAGUAGUCUCGCUGCAGGUCAUGUGGUGCGACCGCGAGAAGAGGCCAUCCUGUCGUGGACGACGGUGACGCAGGACAAGGAGCUGGUGCUGCAUUUCAUGAACAUGUAUUUCUGCUGGCAUUACGCCUUCUUCACCACCUUGUCCAAGGAGCUGUUCUAUCGCGAUUUCUUGACGGGGAAGUCGUCGCAGUACUGCUCGCCGCUGCUGGUCAAUGUCAUGCUCGCCCUGGGAUGUCACUUUUCGACGAGACCCGAGGCGAGGGCCGAUCCCGAGGAUUCGGCCACGACGGGAGACCAUUUCUUCGCCGAGUCCAAGAGAUUGCUGUAUGAGGACGACGAAUUCGCCAAUGCCAAACUCUGCACCGUCCAGGCUUUGGCGCUGAUGUCGGUCAGAGAGGCCGGCUGUGGCCGCGAAAGUAAAGGCUGGGUCUACAGCGGCAUGAGUUUCCGCAUGGCUUGUGAUCUGGGGUUGAAUGUCGAUGCCGCUCCCAUCAAUGAGUCCUCGCGCCUGGCCGAUGAGGAUAUUGAUGCCAGGCGGAUCACCUUCUCCGGUUGUUUCUUGUUCGACAAGUGCUGGUCGAAUUAUCUAGGCAGACAACCGCAGCUGCAGAUGCCCGAUGUGGCGGUCAAAAAGCCCGACGUGUUCCCGUCCGAGGAUAGCGAGGUGUGGUCGCCCUACACCGACGCCGGGGUGGUCCAUACACAUGCUCAACCGGCGAGAACUAGAGCGGUGGCAUUGCAGUUGGCCAAACUCGCCGAGAUCUCGGGCGAUCUGUUGACCUCGUUCUACAACCCACAACAACGAGACAAGCCGCUGACGAAACAAGCCGAGCUCAAACGGCUGACUGACUUGCAUACCCGGCUGGAGGCAUGGAAGCAAGCUCUGCCCGCGGAGAUGGAGCCACGGGAAGGCCAGUUGCCACAAGUGUUGCUGAUGCACAUGUUCUUCCAGCUGUUGUACAUCCAUCUGUACCGGCCGUUUUUGAAGUAUACCCGAACGACGUCGCCUCUUCCCGCACACGUGUCGCCACGGAAAUACUGCACACAGGGUGCUGCGGCCAUCUCGAAACUGCUGCGGCUGUAUAAGCGCACACACGGUCUGCGUCAGAUAUGCAACAUCGCCAUCUAUAUUACCCACUCGGCAUGCACGAUCCACCUCCUGAAUCUGCCGGACAAGAAUGCGCGACGAGACAUCAUCCACGGCGUCAAACACCUCGAGGAGAUGGGUGAAUGUUGGACGGCCGCGCGACGCACUCUCCGAGUGCUACGACUGUGCGCGGAUCGGUGGAACAUUGAAAUGCCUGAAGAAGCCGAGAUUGUCUAUACGCGGGUGCGGAACAAGUGGGGGCUGGCAGCCGAAAAUGCUCCCUCGCCCAUCUCACCUCGCUCGCUGGCGACCAUGGCCACGCAGAUCAGUUCGCAGCCAGUACCAGACCUGAUGGCUCGAAAUUCUCAACAUCAGCGGCAACAAAGUCGCCGGCAACCAUCCAUGAACAUACCGGUCAUGUCGAGUGGCUUGUCUGCAGCGAUGGCGCCUUCGCCCUCCGACCUAAUCGAGACACGGCGGUCGUCCGGCAACAUCUCGAUGCCUCCGUCCACCGCAGCGGAUUUGAGUCGUGACCCACACCGCGUGCGAGCGUCGAACUUGACAUACCUGACGAAAGCGCAACAGGAUGCCUGGAACACGCACCUGGCGCGCAUGGCGAGUUCCUCGGCCGGCGCGUCUGCCACUGCGUCGGGUGCCAACGUGGGCGAAACGCAGAAUGCGGCGAGACUGUUUGGCGGGAUCGACAGCCUGAUCGAGGAGACGCAGGACUGGAUCUUCAAGGACCAGAGCCAGCUGGCCAUGGGCUUUGAGAAUUGGGGCGGCGGCGACGGCGACACCCAGCAGGACUGGGGCACUCUAGAUCUGUCGUUCUUUGAGGAUAGCCCGGGCGGCGGCGGCGUUGGGGCCGGUAACGGCAUGCCCGACAACUCCAGCAGUGCAAGCCGUACCAAUACCAAUGGCAACUCGCCUGCCUAUAUGGGCGGCGGAGUGCACUCGCAAUAUGGUGCUGCGUAUGAUGCCGGACCUGGAAGUGGCGGCAUCGGGUACGGCCAGUAUCAACCGACCAGCAACGGGUGGGGACGGACGAGUAAAGGGAUGAAUAUGUCCAUGGGAACGGGAACGGGCACGGGCACGGGAUCCAAUCGAGACUUCGGCUGGGGCAAGAACCGGUCAAUGCAGGCUCAGAACAGUAUGAGGUUUGAUGAUGAUAUGUACUACUAG